UUGCAAAAGCUUAUAAAAAUUUACAUCCAUAUGGUCAGGGCAUAUUGGGUGUUCUUCAUGCAGCUAAAACUAAUAAUUCUGAAAUAAAAAAUUAUAUUCAUCGAAUUGAAUGGUUUGAAAACGAUUAUAUUUUAAUUACUUAUAUGUUAAAGGAGCAAGCUGAAUUAUUAAUCAAUUUGAAAAGUUUUCAAAUUGAUAUGUCUUAUAAACGUAUAAAAGGUGAUAUAAAUGAAUUUGAAAUUAAUACGUAUGAUAAAAAACAUAAAUUAA